AUGGAAGAAUUGGUACAAUACAUCCAAAUUGCUUUUGGACCAGGGUCAUCUCCAGAAAUGAAAACACAAGCGAGCGCGGGGUUGGCUGCGUUCUUAAAGAAACCCGAGUCAUUCAACUUUUUUCAAUCACUUAUGAUGACACCAAGGAAUGACCCACUCUUCAUCGAAAAAGUGAACUAUGGUGCUAUGAUUCUGCAAAAGAAAUUGAUGUAUAACUACUCCAACAUACCAAAAGAGCUCUUGCCACAGAUCAAAGAAUUUGUUUUUGCUAAAAUUGUCGAGUUCAAGAAUGAGAAAUUGUUGGUCAAACAGAUAUCACUUUCUAUUGUUGCAUUUGCUUUACAGGACAUCACGUGGAACAAUUUUGUGUUAGGGAUAUUAGAAAAGAUUCCCGUGUCACAGGAGAACAACUCGUUGUUACUCACUUUAUUCACCGAAGUUGCUAUUGCAGGAGAGAAAAUGGAUUUGAUAGAUACUUCAAUGAGAGCAAAAUUUGCAGAGGUCAUCAACCAGACGGCACCAUCCAUAUUCGACUUUGUUGUGAACGUUUGUUCGCAAAAUGUCGCACUGACUCCAAUUGCUGGUGCAUGUGUAGUCGAGUGGAUCAAUAGUACCAAUUUAUCAUUAGAAGUCUUCCAGAAAAGUACAUUGAUUGGAUUUUUCUUGAAGCAGUUAGGAUCUCCAUAUUCGGACAUAUCAUCAAGUGUUAUUGAGGCUUUUCUCAAGAAGUUGACAGAGAAGAAUUCACGACUUCCAAACGACCAAGAGAAGGCGAUAAUAAUGAAUUUGGCUAUUGGGGUAAUGCAAGAAUUUGUGAAGUAUACCCCUAUGAUCACACAAAACCCAUUGCCGUGCUUCUUCCAGAUAUCAGAGUUGUUUGCUAUGGACCUGCUGCAGUACGUCAAGUCUCAAUAUGCUCCAUUAAUCAAUGAACAUCUGAAUCAACUUGUAUUAGCAGCAGACACUGUUGACGAAGACGUCGUCCGAAGCGUCAGUGACGCUUCAAUUGCAUUAUUACAAGCUCCAAGCACCCGGCGAGCCAAAGAGUCUGCUUUGUUAUACGAAUUUUUGACUGAUUUUGCACGCAAAAUGUUCCAAAAAGUCGUGACAAUCCAUUUGGACACACGUGGCUUGAACGGUGAGGAAUUGGUUGAUUUCUUAGUUCUUCGUAAAAAUGUCCCAUAUGUUGUGUUACGGCGAUGCGUUGAUACAUUGAGCAAUAUAGCUUCGAUAGAUAUCUUAAUACAAUUGUGGGGGGUUAACACGAAUAAAGAACCUAUUAUAGCAGCAUUGGAUGCGUGUAGUGAAGAUUUGGUGAUGUCUCCUGGUACGUCCCGACUCAUCCAAUUGUUUUCUGUUGGUAUUCAGUAUGUUGCACAACAACCUGAAAUCCCAGUGCUCUUUACAAGAAGUCUUAUUAUAGCAAUUGGGAAGUACGCGAGGUUCUUUGGUGAGGAAUGUCCACAAGUUGUUCCGGACUGCGUUGAGUUUCUCAUGAAAUACGUUGGACACCCGAUCUUGGGAAAGAAGGUGGCGGGUGCAUUAAUGCGGCUAUCACAUGGCUGUCCUGUCUGUAUGGCAAGCAAAGUUGGGGUAUUGAAAACGGUGUAUGACAGUGUUGUGCAGUCAGUUGUGCAAGGCAAAUUAAAAGGGAAUGAGAAACAAUUUUCAAAAUUGAUCAACACGUUCUGUAAUGUUAUUGGGUCUGAUAGUACACAUGAGCUGUUACAACAAGUAUUUACCGUCCCAGCUAAUGUAGUGAGGAAGAGUGUUAUUGCAAAGAGUGUGAAUAAUGAAACGAUGACAGGACUGUGGUUGAUGGGUGUGAUAUUUAGUGGACUGAACCGGUCGAAAUUCCGAAUGGAAAUCGCCGCUGUUAUUUUGGAAUUACAAGUCCCCGAGGUUUUACAUGGACUUUUGGAGUUGUUGGUUAACAUUAAGAAUGAGGGAGGGAUCGACGAGUGUUGUGAUGUCAUUGGAGGAAUGUAUUUGGUUAUUCAGGCGCAUGCACAACCAUUUUUGAUUAACUCACUUCAGAUCAUUGGGAAAGGAUAUUCGUUCACAAAAAGCGCAAGCUUCAUAUUGUGUUUGUCGAAGAUCAUAGAUGCAGUGUAUUCGACACAAAUGCUUAGAGAUACACUUUUGAAAAAUUCAGUGCCAAUUUUAGACCAAGCGAUGAAAAGUGCAAAUAGUGUGUCGAAUGAUCUUAUUGAAUAUAUUGCAGCUUGCUUUGGAACUAUGACGAUUCCUAAAGAGAUAUUUGAAGGAGUUUUUAAAUGGCACGUGACAAUGUUAAUCACUCCAGAACAACGGGCGUAUCACGCGUUGUGUAUCAACUUAGUAAGAAUUAUUAAUAAUAAAGAAGUCACGGCAGCAGUCGUUCAACCAGAAGUAUUACUAUCUUGUCUCGAGAGCGUUGUCCAUUUAUACACUAAGGAAAGAGAAAAAGAGUGCAGCUUAGUCUUAAGAGAACUCUACGCUAUUGACUCUGUUUCAUUCUGCAAUAACAUGCAAUUGAUAUUUCAAAAUAAGUAUACCACUGUUCCUAAUGGGUUUAGACAGUCAUUUAUGCCUAACAACAGACUACCAAAGUCGGCGUUCAACAAGCUUAUCGAGGACUUGUUUUUCAUAUUGAAAGAGACGGCUUGA